UCUAGUCAUUGUGCUGUUUUCACUUGUCUGUGCUACUCUGGCAGGACCAUGACGGGAACACAACAUCUGCUGCUCCUGGCAGUGCUCGUGCUCCAGGCAAGAUGUCAGCAAAAGCCACAAGUUUCUAUGUCACCCACUCUCAACCACACCUUCUCUGGGGACUUAUUUGUCCUGAGUUGUGACACCGGCUCAACAGGGAGCAAAGUGAAAUGGAUCAUCAACGGCAAGGACCAAGAGCGGACUGACUCUGGAUUCUGGAAGAUAGGAGUUGCUGCACCAAACCACUCAGGUGCUUAUCAAUGUGAAAGUAAUGGGCAAACGAGUGACAUUUUCCACAUCAACAUCCUGGAUUACCUUCCCAGUGCCUCACUCACCAUCAGGACAGGCCAGCCAGUGGUGCGGAGGGGAGGCUCAGUUGUGCUGCAGCUUGACAAUGAGGACGGUGUGCAAGGAUGGAAGUGCUGGGCCUAUACGGGAGGACCAAAAGUAGAGAGAUAUAGGUUGAGGGUAAAGAAUGACAGUGUGAGCGUUAGCUUUCAACCAAACAAGCUGGAUGUCGCCGAGACCAUUUUCUGGUGUAAUAAUGCUCAACAACGCAGUAACCAAGUCACAGUUAGGACCUCAGAGAAAGCUGUAUCACUGGAAAUGUAUCCUCUGCCUGCGGUAGUCGGGGAAAGUUUGACUCUGAGGUGCCUGGCCUGGGGCACAGAUCAAAUCAGUCAAACUGUUUUCUAUAAAGACAAUGCAGUCAUUGAGAAAAGUGUCAGGCCUACCUACAAAAUCUCUAAUGUGACAGAAUCUGCAAAGGGAAAGUAUAAGUGUGACGCCAAAUUCACAUUCAGGGAUUACACUGCCGGGCCCCCAUACCAAGAAAUGUCUGAUGAUCAAGAUGUGUUUGUCCAAGUGCCUCCAAUGAAGGCAGUUCUCUCUAUAAACAUUGGCAUGUCGUGUUCUUGCACAUCUUGUCCCAGUGACAGCUCCUAUCGUUGGUACCACACGAAAGACGGUAGCCAUUGGGAACUUUUAGAUUCAUCCCAAGAGUUCAUGAUGCCAAAAGCAAGCGGUGCUUAUGCAUGUAGAGCGGUGUGGAAGACCGGGAGAUCUUUUCUCAGCAACGCUUACUCCUAUACACCUCGGAUCAAACUGAUUUUAAUAGUUGUGGUCACCGUGCUGGCAAUGCUUAUUUUAGCAGCUGUGGCUGUUUAUUUAUGGUAUUCAAAGAGAGACACCACAGGACCAAUUUACGAGGAUAUGCCGCUGAGGACACGAGACAAAGAUGGUGAUGGAUAUGAGCUGAUACAGAAGGGUGCUAAAAGGGAGGCCGAGUACGACAUGCUUCACCCAGAAGUACCAGGCAAACAGGAGACAGAGGGUCAAUAUGAAGCACUGAAGAAAGAGAAAAUGACGGAGGGCGAGUACCACACCCUGGGGAUGGAGGGGGCCACUGUGGGAGAGGGAGGGUAUGAAGCACUGAAGAAAGAGGGAAUGAAAGAGGGGGUAUACCACACCCUGGGGGUGGAGGGGGCAGUUGGAGGAGAGGGAGGGUAUGAAGCACUGAAGAAAGAGGGAAUGAAAGAGGGCGAGUACCACACCCUGGGGGUGGAGGGGGCAGUUGGAGGAGAGGGAGGGUAUGAAGCACUGAAGAAAGAGGGAAUGAAAGAGGGAGUAUACCACACCCUGGGGGUGGAGGGGGCAGUUGGAGGUGAGUGA